AAAUUGGCGCGCACUGUCUGCCAUUUCAUUCGCACCCGCACACUGGCCUGCUCUGCCUUUCCCACAUGAAAACGAAAAAGCAACGACUUGGUGGAAAUUUUGUGCAUAUCGUGCUCCGUUCAAAAAUACAAAUUAUUUGAAAGUAAUAAAACCACACGAAAGAGUCGAUUUCGGGGAAUCUUUUGCGAUAUUGUUUGUGAAAAUCGAAGUGCGUUUAGUCUGCGAAAAUCGCCAUCAAAAACAGUCACCAAAGCAAUUUUGCGGCCGCCGCUGUGUGUGUGUGACAAGAAAAAAUGCUCUUGUGCUGGAAGUGAACAAAAAUGCGCUCGCGCUCGCCAUUUUGACUCGAGCUACAACCAAUUUUGUACCCAUGAAUACCGAACCCUAAGUGCAUAAAAGUGUAGGCAAAGAGAGGAUUAACACACGUGUUUCAAUAGUGCAGUGCAGUGAGAAAUACACACAAACUACGAAUACAAGCACUCACACUAGGCAACCCAUACACACAUUGCGGCUACGUGCUUUUUUUCUAUUCAAGACUUUUUUUUUUUGGCGGCCCUCUAGGAGGUGACAGCCAGAAGAGUACUGUGGUGAGGAGUAGUGUGCGAGAGUGGGGAAAAGUGGGCGAGAGGAAACAGUCGGCUAUCUGUGCGGGGUUCGGCACCGGUGAUAGCGGCAACGUCGACACUAUUGCACCUGCCUACCUGGUUGGGUUUCUAUGAAAGGAGUGUGUCCCACUAUAACCAUAACAGCCAAGUUACUCCUAAGAUGGCGCAUAACUCUUCAGCAGCAGCAGCAGCGAGCGGUGCAGCUAAAACGGAUGAAGUAAACUUCUUCUUUCAAGAUGAGCAUGGACAAAUAGCCACAAUGCGGAAGCCGGCACAAGUGAAAUCCGAAAUGCAUAGUGGAAAAUCUUCCGUAGUGUAUGCCACCAGCUCUUCCGCGCGCAACAGUGUCAGUGGCAUUGGCACCGUUGGACGCAUAGGCGCGUUCAGUCAGAUGUGCUCCACAAAUCAGGGACAGUUCAUCCGAUUGCAGGACAACGGUACGGUCAUUCCAAAAACAGAAAAUACUUCAUACACAACUGGGUCGGCACAGAAGAGCGCCAGCGGGGGCGGCGGCAUGUACGACGUGAUAAAGGAACGCUUUGAGAGGUUUACGCCAAAUAAUCCCAUUAAAAUGAAGUCAAGACUCCAUGCCAUACAGAGCAACCACUCAACUUCCGCUUCAUCCUCGUCAGAACAAAGGAAACGCAAGCCGGACAAGGCCGGCAAGGGUCUGCGCCACUUCUCGAUGAAGGUGUGCGAGAAGGUUGAGGAGAAGGGCAAAACCACAUACAAUGAAGUGGCCGACGACCUCGUCAGCGAAGAAAUGAAAAACAAUGCAUACGACAGUAACUGUGAUCAAAAGAAUAUCCGACGUCGUGUCUACGAUGCGCUCAACGUACUGAUGGCAAUCAAUGUUAUAUCCAAGGAUAAGAAGGAAAUACGCUGGAUAGGACUGCCCGCCAACUCAGCGGAGCAAUUUCUGGCGUUGGAAGAGGAGAAUAGUCUCCGGCGGGAGCGUAUCAAACAGAAAAAUGAUAUGCUGCGCGAAAUGAUUAUGCAGCAUGUAGCAUUCAAAGGCCUAGUCGAGCGAAACAAGCGGAAUGAGAGCCAGGGCGUGGUGCCCUCAGCCAAUGCAUCCUGUCAGCUGCCGUUCAUCAUAGUUAACACGCACAAAUCGACCAAGAUCAACUGCAGCGUGACCAACGACAAGUCCGAAUACAUAUUCAAGUUCGACAAGACAUUUGAAAUGCACGAUGACAUUGAAGUCCUCAAGCGUAUGGGCUUCUGUUUGGGCUUGGAUAAGGGUAAGUGCAUGCCCGAAAAGAUUGAGCGCGUGAAGAAUUGGGUCCCACCAAAUCUAGCCAAAUAUGUAGAAGCUUAUGGAGCCGGAAAAACUGGAGAAACCAUGUACGAUUCCGACGACGAGGAUACCGAGUUCACAGUGUACAAUGAUUCUCAAAGCUUGUCACAAAACACAACACAGCGCACCAUUGGUGACGGUCUCAAGCUGGAGCUGGACGAUGACGAGCUGGAGGAUGACAUAGAUUGAGCUGACGAUGCCGCUCACAUUGCACAUGCAAUGGCCGAUGCGGACGGGGAUGCAGAAGAUUCAUUUAGUUUUACGUUUAUCAAUGCUUUGCUAGGAUUGCCACGUCCCCCACACGGUUAAACUUGUCGGCUCCCCUAUCACCCUACCACCAUCCCACCCACAGUUGGUUUUUUUUUUUUUAAAUUUCAAUGAGACUUUAUUAACUUAUACAAUAUUGCUAUAAUUAUCGUCUAAACAACAUGGGGGAAAAUCAUAAGUGAAUGGUUUCGCAUACGCAUUUUCCCUUGGAUCUUUCAAGAUUUAUGUUUAAGCUGAAUGAGUUUUUAAAAAAUAGUUUGUCUAGUUAAGCGAAAAGUGUACACAACAUAUUAAGCAAUUGAAUUGCAUAUUGCUGCAAUGGGAAUAACUGACAAGCAAACGAGUUAAUAAAGCGGAUGCAUAUUGUAAAAUAUGAUAUAAACAAAGAAAA